AUGAAGGAUCCCUUUCCGCCAUGUCCGGACACCAUCGUCAAAGCAGUCACCCCAAUAUGUGAAAUACUUGGCUUCACCACUCUCCCAAAGCAUUUCCACGAAGUUGUUGGGGCUUUUCUUUUAUACCAUGUUACCAACGUUUAUUUAUCUCCCCUCAUAUCGCCGCUACUUUUUCCUAAGACCUAUCGUUCCUUCAAUAAACGAAACCGAAUUAACUGGGAUAUCCAUGUUGUAUCUCUGGUUCAGAGCACCUUAAUAUGCAUUGUCUCGCUAUACGCAAUGUUCGUUGAUCGAGAGAGGUCUGAAAUGGAUGCAAAACAACGUGUGUGGGGUUAUACCGGCCUACUUGGGAUGACUCAAGCAUUCGGAGCUGGCUAUUUCCUCUGGGAUCUGAUGGUUAGCACACAGUAUCUUAAUAUAUUUGGACCCGGGCUUCUUGCACAUGCAAUCUGUGCUCUUUGUGUCUUUUCACUAGGUUUCAGACCGUUUGUCAACUACUACGCCCCGACAUUCCUCCUCUACGAGCUAUCCUCACCAUUCCUAAAUUUUCAUUGGUUCAUGGAUAAGCUGGAAAUGACAGGGUCGACUUUACAACUAGUAAACGGAAUUUGCCUGCUUGUGGUUUUCUUCUCCUGUCGGCUUGUAUAUGGCACCUAUUCCUCUUUUCGAGUAGGCUCCGAUAUCUACCUUGCGUGGCAAAACCCCCCGCGCGAUAUCGUUCAACAGGGGCGGUCGGUCCCUGCUUGGUUGGCGCUCUCUUAUGUCACCAGCAAUUUAAUUUUGCAUUUCCUUAACUUUUAUUGGUUCGGAAAGAUGGUCGAUGCCUUGAGGAGGAGGUUUGACUCUACAAAAUCAACUGUAAACUCUCCUGAGAAAAAGGGCAUUGUGGUAACCGAGGAUGAAGUCAGCGUUGAGGGAACGGAUCUCAAAAUCCCGACCAGCUCUGCACUUCAUCAGAGUGUUGCGAGGCACCGAAGAUAG